UUCCUCCUAUUCCAAUUUCUUUUGAUUGUUCUGGACCGCGUCAUCUACAUUACGCGCUCGUUGACUUACAAGCUCUACUAUCACGUGGUCAUGGCCAUCCUGAUACAUGCGCUGGUGUUUUUCUGGAUUCCUUCAGCGACCUACCGUAGCUUUGGGUCCAACGCCAUCCUGAUCACACUCUACAUUUUGAAAAUCAUUUACUUCUUUCUCAGUGCCAAUCAAAUCAAAUCGGGCUAUCCUGAUACAGUGCAGCGCAAUGCACUUUUGCAGAAUGUCACCUUUGUUGGAUGGCUCAUCUUUGUCAUCUACAAGGCCAUUCCAUUCCUGUACGAACUGCGCAUGCUCUUGGAUUGGUCCUGCAUUCCCACAACACUGGAUUUGAACCAUUGGCACAAGAUGGAAGACAUUGCGGGGCAGCUAUAUCUGAAUCAGUAUCAGCUCAAGACCGUGCGUCGGCAAGGCCGCGCUUUGGGUGCCCCGCAGCCUCGGUCCAAAAAGUUUUUGGCGGGGGGCCUGCUGUUUGUGCUUCUUCUCAUCGUUGUUUGGUUUCCGUUGCUUCUGAUCUCGCUGGUCAACCAAAGCGCUGUCUCCAACUUGCCCACGUCAGUGGACAUUAGCCUUGAGAUCAAUGACUAUGAGCCCAUCUUUGUGAUGGAUGCAACCACGCUGCAGCAAUCCAUCAGCUCGACAUCGUACGGCCACCUACUGAAC